UGGGCCUGUGGGAGAGGGAGGCGAGCCGACCACUGGGCUGCUGGGCUCCCGCGCCCUCGCGCUCCCCGCCGCCAGCCCAGGCUCAGGCAGGGCGCAGGCGGCGGCGGGCGGCAUGGAGAGCCUGCUGGAGAAUCCUGUGCGCGCCGUGCUCUACCUCAAGGAGCUCACGGCCAUCGUGCAGAACCAGCAGAGCCUCAUCCACACCCAGCGAGAGCGUAUCGACGAGCUGGAGCGGCGGCUGGACGAGCUGAGCGCUGAGAACCGCAGCCUGUGGGAGCACCAGCAGCUGCUGCAAGCCCAGCCUCCGCCCGGGCUCGUCCCCCCGUCAUCCGCCCCGCUGUCGGCCGCUCCGGCCACCGCUCCUGCCGCCGCCGCCAGGGCCCAGGAACCUUUCCAGGACAAGGGACAGCGCUCAGCAGCCGCGCCACAGCCCGCGCCCGAUCAGCCGCCGCUUCAGCACCACGGACAGCUCCUGGAGCAGCCCCAGCGUGGCCCUGGCAGCAGGGCUCACACACCCCAGUCGCCCCACAAGCAUCUGGGGACACAGGGGGCCGUGACUGACAAGGAGAAGGAGCGUCCCCCGAGUUGCUGCGCUGCUGCCGGAGCCCUCCUUCAGCACAAAUCCCCCUCCGCCCUCGGCAAGGGCGUCCUGAGCAGGAGACCUGAGAAUGAGACCGUGCUGCACCAGUUCUGCUGCCCAGCUGCCGACGCCGAACAGAAGCCCGCCUGCUCCGACCUGGCCUCCCAAAGCGAUGGCUCCUGCGCCCAGGCCAGUGGGGGCAUGGAGGACUCCGUGGUGGCAGCGGCGGCGGUGGCAGCCGGCAGACCCAGUGCCCAUGCCCCGAAGGCUCAAGCCCAGGAGCUGCAGGAGGAGGAGGAGCGGCCGGGGGCAGGGGCUGCCUCCCCAAGGGCUGGCCCCCAGCACGUGGCCUCCCCCGGCCGGCAGCAGCCUGCCCUGGCGACGGCGCUGUGCUCCCACGCCCCUGCCGCCUCCGAUUUCGAACUCUCCCUUGAUCUAAAGAAUAAACAGAUUGAAAUGCUAGAACAUAAGUACGGGGGUCACCUGGUGUCCCGGCGCGCCGCUUGCACCAUCCAAACCGCCUUCCGCCAAUACCAGCUCAGCAAGAACUUCGAGAAAAUCCGCAACUCGCUUCUGGAGAGCCGCUUUCCACGGCGGAUCUCCCUGCGCAAGGUGCGCUCACCCACGGCCGAGAGCCUGGCGGCCGAGAAAGCGCUCAUGGAGGGCUACGGCCUCAUGGGGCUGCCGCUGGUGCGCUCGCCCUCCCUGCCGCCCACCUUCGCGGGCACCCUCACCGAGCUGGAGGACUCCUUCACCGAGCAGGUGCAAUCCCUGGCCAAGUCCAUCGACGACGCGCUCAGCACUUGGAGCCUCAAGACCAUGUGCUCCCUGCAGGAGAGUGGCGCUUACCAGCUCCACCAGGCCCUGCAGGCGGCCGCGGGGCCCCCAGGCCUGGAGGCCGAGAGGCGGGAGCCGGAGAGCGCAGGCCCCGGGCCCGGGGAUGAGGCCGCGGAGACCCCCGGCCUGCCCCCCGGCCACAGCGGCACCCUCAUGAUGGCUUUCCGGGACGUCACGGUGCAGAUCGCCAACCAGAACAUAUCCGUCUCCUCCUCCACGGCUCUGUCGGUAGCCAACUGCCUGGGCGCUCAGACGGUCCAGGCCACCGCUGAGCCCGCGGCGGGCAAGGCCGAGCAGGGCGAGAGCUCUGGGCAGGAGGCCCCGGAAGCCCCCGCUGUGGGCCGGGAGGACUCACGCGCAGAGGCUGGGGCUGGCGGGGCGGCGGGGGAGGCCGCAGCCCCCAAAACAGAGGAGGAAGAGGAGGAGGAGGAGACGGCGCAGGUGGGGAAAGGGGCCGAGGCCGAGGCAGGCGACUUGGAGCAGCUGAGCAGCAGCAGCACGUCCACCAAGUCCGCCAAGUCGGGCUCGGAGGUGUCGGCCUCCGCCUCCAAGGAUGCCCUGCAGGCCAUGAUCCUGAGCCUGCCGCGCUACCACUGCGAGAACCCAGCCAGCUGCAAGUCGCCCACGCUCUCCACCGACACCCUGCGCAAGCGGCUCUACCGCAUCGGCCUCAACCUCUUCAACAUAAACCCAGACAAGGGCAUCCAGUUCCUGAUCUCACGUGGCUUCAUCCCCGACACCCCCACCGGUGUGGCCCAUUUCCUCCUCCAGCGAAAGGGCCUCAGCCGCCAGAUGAUUGGAGAGUUCCUGGGCAACAGCAAGAAGCAGUUCAACCGCGACGUGCUGGACUGCGUGGUGGAUGAGAUGGACUUCUCCAGCAUGGAGCUGGACGAGGCCCUGCGCAAGUUCCAGGCGCACAUCCGUGUGCAGGGGGAGGCCCAGAAGGUGGAGCGGCUCAUCGAGGCCUUCAGCCAGCGCUACUGCAUGUGCAACCCCGAAGUGGUGCAGCAGUUUCACAACCCCGACACCAUCUUCAUCCUCGCCUUCGCCAUCAUCCUCCUCAACACCGACAUGUACAGCCCCAACAUCAAGCCUGACCGGAAGAUGAUGCUGGAGGACUUCAUCCGAAACCUUCGAGGUGUGGACGAUGGCGCUGACAUCCCCAGGGAGCUGGUGGUAGGCAUCUAUGAGAGGAUACAGCAGAAGGAGCUGAAGUCCAAUGAGGACCACGUCACGUACGUCACCAAGGUGGAGAAGUCCAUUGUGGGCAUGAAAACAGUGCUGUCGGUGCCCCACCGCCGCUUGGUGUGCUGCAGCCGGCUCUUUGAGGUGACGGACGUGAACAAGCUGCAGAAGCAGGCAGCGCAUCAGAGGGAGGUGUUCCUCUUCAACGACCUGCUGGUGAUUCUCAAACUUUGCCCGAAGAAGAAGAGCUCCUCCACGUACACCUUCUGCAAGUCAGUUGGCCUGCUGGGCAUGCAGUUCCACCUCUUUGAGAACGAGUAUUACUCUCAUGGCAUCACACUGGUGACCCCGCUCUCGGGCUCCGAGAAGAAGCAGUUGCUGCAUUUCUGUGCCCUGGGCUCAGAUGAGAUGCAGAAGUUCGUGGAGGACCUGAAGGAGUCCAUUGCUGAGGUGACGGAGCUGGAGCAGAUCCGGAUAGAAUGGGAGCUGGAGAAGCAGCAGGGAACAAAGACACUCUCCUUCAAGCCCAGCGGAGCCCAGGGGGACCCCCAGUCAAAGCAAGGAUCGCCGACAGCCAAAAGGGAAGCUGCGCUCAGGGAGAGGCCGGCAGAGAGCACGGUGGAGGUGUCAAUUCACAACAGGCUUCAAACGUCCCAGCACAACUCCGGGCUGGGGGCCGAGAGGGGAGCGCCGGUGCCGCCGCCAGACCUGCAGCCUAGCCCCCUGAGACAGCAGCCCCCACCACUGCCGCCGCCGCCACCCACACCCCCGGGCACCCUGGUGCAGUGCCAGCAAAUCGUCAAGGUCAUUGUCCUGGACAAGCCCUGCCUGGCCCGCAUGGAGCCCCUGCUGAGCCAGGCUCUCUCCUGCUACACCUCGUCCUCCUCUGACUCCUGCAGCUCCACACCCCUGGGCGGCCCCGGCUCUCCGGUCAAGGUCAUCCACCAGCCUCCGCUGCCCCCGCCCCCACCCCCCUACAACCACCCUCACCAGUUCUGUCCGCCAGGCUCCCUGCUGCUCCGGAGCCGCUACUCCAGUGGUUCAAGGAGCCUGGUGUAGACUCUGCCCCGCUACCCUGCGGUCCCGGGAGGGCCGGCCACUGGGGGGCCUGGGCUGCCCCUCCACUGCUCCCCAUACCCCGGCACGACGCGUUCCUGGUCACUGAUCACCGUCAUCUUGGGAAGAGAAUCCCCAUCCCUGGCACCUGGGUUUGCCUCAUCCAACCAUCCUUCCCUUUCUCAGCUGCACCCCCUCUCCAGAUCUGAAGACACACCUCGCUCUCCCGGGGCCCUACACAGCCAGACCCGGCGAGGCCUCCUCUUCCCCUGGCCACCACUUUCCCCCAUUGGACCACGGACUGAAGAAAACUGGAGCUGAGGGUCUAACGAGCUUGCAGGCUUUGAGUCUGUUAGUGCCCGGGGGCCUUGGGCCAUGGGCAGCAGCACGAGGCUGGGCCGGCCGGCAGUGGAGCACUAGACAGAAGCGGCUGGCUCGCAGCCCGGAACUAGUGCUUCUGUGGCUGCGCUGAGGGGAGGAGGGUUGCUCCCACCCCCUGGAGGGACAGGUGGGAGGAGUGAGGAGGGGGCUUUUUCUGCCGUCCCCGCCCCCAAGCCUGGCACUCUCAGGAGGCUACUCCUUGGUCCCCAGGGACGUUGGCUGUCAUGACCAUGUCCUUCCCCCUCCUCCCAGGGCCUCUGCUUCCUCAGGAGCUGCCCAGACUCCAGAAAAGCUUGGAGAAAGGGAGGCGGGAAGGGGAGCACUUCUGGCUCUCUGUAGGUCAGUUCAACAGGGCCAUGGGAUUGCGAGGUCAUGUAUCUGCAAAAUGCACCUUUUUAAAGAGUGUCUUAGUUCUCCAGCCCCAGCUAAUACCCGGCCAAUGCCGUGUGCGCACAGGCAUGUGCACGCAAACCCGCAUGAGAACCAGGUCAUUCCUUCCCCUGUGGAGGCGGAAGUGGAGACGGGGCAGUGAUGUGCCCAGCAGAGAGGGGGCUCGGCCCGAGGCAGGGCUCCCUCCUGCAUGAGUCUGUGGCCGCCAGGAGGGACUUGGGUGCAGACAAGAAAAACAGGGGCUCCAGAGGCAUAUGCAUUUCCCCUGUGCCCCUCAGCCUUUAAAUAUUCCCUCCUCCUAGAAGGUUCUAGACACCCCCCUUCCGGCAGGGGUGCCCAAGAGUCCCUGGACCCUCAAAAUUGCAAAGGAGACCCAAGCGGGGCUCGCUGACCUCCCAGGGCCCAGCAAGAUGGGAUAGCCAGCCUUAGGUGGUCCCACGAGCCCAAGCCCGGGGAAGGGCCCCUCCCCAGCCAGAGGAGAGGCAGCCACCCCGCAGACCACAGGAGCCGUACCGUGGCCUGCGCAGUCAGGCCCUAUCAGGACGUGUCUGUCCCAAGCCUGGCCAGGCUCCGGUCCUGUGGCAGUAGCUCAUUGCUGUCCUGUGUGCAGGAGCCUGUGGUUAAGGCCUCCUGGGAGAGGCAGUGAACAUGAGUCAAAUGUGGCGUGGACUUGAAUGUCCCCACCCUUCCCCCGCCCCGCCCCACCUGCAGUAGCCGGGCCAGGUAGGAGGCAAGGAUCAUUCCCUGCUCUCGGAGGUUCCAGAUGACCUAGUUUCGUUUCGUGUGUGUGUGUGUGGUCACCCAGACGUCACUGUGAUAUCACCCAGUGAAUCUAUUUCUGGCCCUGUCUUUGUCGGCCCAGUUUCUGUAACUUGCAGCCAAUGUGCCCUCUCCCCUGUGGCUGCCAGCCCAUCUGCCCCUCUGUGUCCUUGCUGCCCUGGCCCUCUGUUUUCUGUAACAGAGAUGCUCCAGUCAUUGCCUUUCAGAGUGGAGCAGACGACAGAUGGGGUGCACACAUUCAGACACCUCUGAUGCCCUUAGCCAGUGCAGGGAUCGCCCUAAAAGUGAAGGCCUGGACAGGAGGAGUCAGGGACUUGGGAGGAGGCAGAGCUGUGGGGAUGGGAGUGGAGGAAUCAAAAUGAGGGAAGCUGAAAAUAGAAUGAAAACGAUGACUAAGAGGCAGGAGUGCGAGGUAUGGGGGAAUAGGAACUAUGAGCUAAAUAUACUUAUGGGGUGGGGGCUGUGGGGGCCAGGGACACCCUCCCAGACAGCCCUGGCCCGCCAGGCAGGACCCCGUCCCCUGCUCACACAGCUCUUCAAGCUUACAAAGUGCCCUCUCCCCUGCUGAGGGGCACGGCAACCCCAGGCCCUCCCUCCCACCUCAGCUGAAGCCCCGAUCUUCCAAAUUGGAACCAGCAAGUCUUAGGGCUGGCACACAUCUGGGCCUCUAUCUGAGAACCCGGACUCUUAGGCACCUCAGGGCCCCUGCCCCAGGGCAGAGGCCCACCCCCUGGGUUGGUGCAGUGGCUGCCCUGGGCCCCACGGGCAGCACAGGGAGUCUGUCCAGGAAGCAGCCCAGCCGGGGUCAGCAUCCCGUGGAGCCAGUCCUGAGCUGGGAGGGGCAUUUAACCCCUGAGGGCCUGGGGCAGGACACAGCUGGCCCUCCUCAUUGUCAGGGGAAGCAAAUGCCCAACAUCUGUAACCUCCCUUCCCUGCUCAGUCCCCAGGCCAAGGUUGGGAGCCCUCUCUGUCCCCGUCCCCAGAGCCUAGACCUCAAGGACCUAGGAAAAGCCUCCUGCUCCCUCCCCACGGCAGCAGACAGGGCAGGGCCUCCCCAUGGCAGCAGACAGGGCAGGGCCUCCAGCCCCCCAGAGGGCCAGUAGGGGAUGCUCUCAGGCCUUCCUGCUUUCCCAAGGUUGUGGGGACAGUAGAGUGCUGAGCCCCAGACCUAGUCACCCCAAGAUGGCCCCACUCUAUCCACUCUCUAGACCUUUGGGAAAUCUGGGUCCCUCUCCUGAUUUGAUCCAUUCGGCCCCAACUCCAGAGUCUGGAAUGGGAGAUGAAACUAGUUUUCCACCCACUUUUGGACAAAUCCCACCCCUAGAUCUGAAGCAAGCCCUGCCAGUAGCUUGUCCUGGAAGCCUGCCUGCCUGCCUGUCUGCACAGGUGUCUUGAUCCAGCACACACUGAUCAGCCCUGCGUCUUCGAGCCCCUGCGUCACCGGUCCCCACGGCCCGCCAGGAUUCUCUUUGUACCCACUAGGCUUCCCUGAUGACCAUCUGUCUGUCCGUCCCUGUGUCUGCUGUACAUACCUCCUGCUGCACCCUCUCCCCGCACACCCGUCACCCAUAAGAGAGAGAAACCUCUCUAGGGAAAGGCAGGGUGGCUGCACCCAGCAACUAAUCCAAAUGGCAAAUAUUUUGUAACAAAAUAGCCCAGAGGUAUUUUAUCUGUUCAAUUCAUAGAGUUUUAGAGAUUAUAUUGAAAGAUGUCACUUGAGCAAA